UUACAAGAAUAAAUUAAAAAGAAGUUUCAGAGCACCGAGUAUUAACUGUUUUUAUACAAUCUAAAGUAAAUCCAUGGAUGCAAACCUACAUGCCAAUAAGAAUUGAAUUGAAGUUCUAUUCAACGCAAUACAAAAGUCCUUACACCAAAUAAUAUACUUUAGAAUUGAAUAAUGGGGAAUUGAAUACUCGGGAAGCAGAUAGCAAAAAAUCAACAAACUAGUUCCAGCAAAUAAAAAAAGAAACAAUUACCUCAAACAAUCAAAGCUUCAACGAAGACAAUAGGCAUAAGAGGAAGAUGAACGACGGCGAGCACAGAUCGAUGAUUGAGGAACGAAGAGGUAGAUGCGGGAGGUAGAUCGAGAACUACCACACAUCUCUUUGCCAUGGAGAACACCGGAGCAAGUAGCGGGUUCCAGUACAAGAGAAGAAGAAUUCUAACCCAAACACAAAGGGAGGAGAUGGAGAAUGAAAACCAGAUUUCUGCUGAGGUAACCCCAUCUGUGGAGGGUCAAUCGUUCCUGGAUGCUUCGGAAAUUGAGGUUGAGUCUUGCCAUGAGGUAAUGGAAACAGACGCUGCUGCUGCUUCUAUGAAACCUCUGCAGGCUGAGUCUACCCACGAGACAAUGGGAAUAGAAGAUGCUGCUUCAAUGAAGCCUCUGCAAGAAAUGGUUGAGCCUAGCCAUGAGGUCAUGGAAACAGACGCUGCUGCUUCUAUGAAAACUCUGCAGGACAAGGAAUUGGGAGAAGAGGCUGAAAUUACUGAUGGCAUUGUGUAUGGAAAGAGAGUGAAAAAGAAGUCAUCCAGUUUGAAGUCUCCUUAUACAGCGAACGGGAGGAAGAAAAAGAAAGCCGAUGAGCUCUUAUGUAAGCCGCCAACUAAAGCAGAUCUUUUGGAAUUUAAGAGCUUCAUCGUAAAAGCAAUUAAAGAUGACCGCCCUGUACAAUGCUACCUCGCCCAGUACAAGGAGAUUCAGGAUUUUGUGAAAACGUUCUGGUCUGACCUUAUCACUCCAGGUUUUUGGGUAGCGGAUACUCAUCUGAGUGAGUACCUUUACGUCCUGAGAAGACGUUUAUGCAAUGACGAUGGAGACUCAUGCAUUGCGCCUUUUGAAUUCAACAAUUAUGUGAACUCUUAUGCGCAUGACCCAGAAUGGCCUGUUUUGUCUGGAUCCCUUGAAAAGAUUGUGGAUGAGAAAUCGGCAAGCACGGAUAUGCCGAUUGGGAAAUCGAAUACUGCACAGUACCCCAACAGAUUGAUUGUGACUGCGGCAUCUUCGCGGUAAAAAUGAACAAAAAUUUCCUUGAUUGAUAAUUGAGUGAAGCUAACUAUUUUGUCAUUUUGUUAAUGACAAAGUCAAAUUAAUAAUCACUUUUUCUCCUUAAAUAUACUACACACCAUUCCACUUAUUUUUGUGAAGUGUGUCAUUCGGCCAUAUCCUUUUAGAGAGAAGAAAUAUUAGUUUGGUUCCAUUAAUAUCAUUUUGUGUAUAGAAAAUAUCUUUAAUAUUUUCUAAAUAUUAUUGGAAAUAUUUUCUAUAGAAAUAUACAAGAUUAUUAUUA